AUGCGAUGCGCGAGCAAGGCCGCCGAGAGCGCGUUCGCACGUCUCUGUGCGGACACCGAAGCAGAAACCACAGCAACUGAUGUCUCAUCGGUUGCUGAAGCGACUCAGCCUGUGUCACUAGGUGAUGCAGGCGCUGGUCAUGAAGACACUCACGUCUUCACAGAGUAUGAGCUCGGUGUCUCAUACUCUCCUGAUACGGAAGACGGAUGCGUAUCGACGGCGAUCGAAUCCAAGCCGCCUGCCAAGCGUGGCAUGGAUGAUGCUAUUCGUCGUAGCAUCUUUGGUUCAUCUGAUGAAUCAGAUGAACCAUCGCCGAAGCGAAGGCGCUCGAGGUCGCGAGACUCGGGCGCUAUCAGUGGUGUCGGUUCUCCUAUUGACACCACUUCGCAACGAGGUGCCAGUACUUCUGUCGGCACGUCGCAGGAAGAGCGGGACCGCAGUGUCUUGCGUCUCGCUCCUGAGAAGAAGGCAUGGAUGCCUCCAAAAUCCGUCAUGGAUCACUUGUCGGCGACGACGAGUGAUCGUUAUCGAACACGAUUGUUCGAUUCGUCAAGGAUCCAUCACCUUGACCCCAGUGCGAAAAACUAUCGCGCUGAGAACGAUUUCUUCAUCGAAGCUUUCUUUAAACAUCGAUGGUACAGUGGGAAUCACAAACGUGAUGGUCCCUCACUGCUUCAAGCGUGGAACGCCUACAUCCAUAACCUUGAGGAUGUAGGUCGUGACGCUUGGAACGACAAACUUAUCAAAGCUCGUGAUAAGUUUGAAAAGCGAACCCCGACAGGUGCACGCUACAAGCUGCAUCGUCUGUCAAGGGAGAAAGGAUUACCCUGCCUCUCAUGGGAUGACUCGUGCCCAUGUUGUGUGAACAACUCUGCACGAGCACCUAAGGAGGCUUACCUCCUUACCAGCCCGUGGUGGCGCGUACGUAUCUCUAGUGAGAUGAUGUGCCGCGUCGUACUGCUCAACCAGACCCAGUACGUCAACCAUCAGUUGGGAGCGGGGCUCCCAAGUAUCCCAGGACGGGGGAUAGCCGCGCCACCGGACGAGAUGACUCGUCCGACGUCCGUUCACAUCGCGGUGGUUCAACAGCUGCUCAACUAG